AUGCAGGUCAACGGAAAUAAAGGUUGGCGAAACCAGGGUUGGCGUGUGAGCUGGUGGUUUCGCCUCAUUGCAGUAGCCAUCCUUUGUGGGGCAAGGGAAAUCUUUCCGCAUAAAACAAGCAUAAGACAACCAAAUUUAAAGGGAAAGCAGUUCCAUGCAAACAAUUGGAAAAAUCAAAACCUUGUAUAUUUACUAUCAGCGAAGCCGGCGGCACCUGGCGAGAACAUGCUUCCAAAUCGACUAGUGGUCCGAGGGGAAUACCGUAAAGCAGUGGGCAAUGGGAACCGACAAGAACACAUACUAGACUUGCGUGUACCCUGCGCAGUGCGGAGAUAGGGACGGGAUGUCCUUCGAAUCCACAUGCUGAUUGUGAUGAAGGUUCUGUUGCAUGUGCACGCCCUGCGAUGGACACAGCCUAUACCGAUUAGAAGUCAAUAGAAUACUGACCAAAACCCAUCAUGCAAGGGUAAAAUGAAGGUGCGAGAACGCAACAUCCUGGACUAGCUCACGGCAACUAUGGGAUCUGGAGAUUAGUUAUUCCUAAUAAGUCAUUGAAAUAUUGAAGGAGCGUGCGGAGAGCAUGUGGUACAGAUAAACAUGAUG